CAAAGAAUGCGCAAGUCAGUAAAUUUCCGCUUUCAUUUCCUGUGCUUUAGUAAAUUCUUGGGGAGUGUAAUUGUGAGAGGUUUGCAUCGAAAACUUUUUAAUUCUAAGCAAAAUACUGUAGUAAUUUAACUUUGGUAAUUGAUAUAUUUAGAAAUUGCAACAUGGAACCACCAUCUAAAAAGAUGAAAAACGUUUACAGAAGAUGCUGUGAAUGCCCCAAAAACAAGGACAGAAAGACACGGUUUCUGUGCGAGAAAUGCAAUAUCAGUAUUUGUGUAGAGCAUAUGUGUUCAGUCUGCCAGAGAUGUGCAAAAUAAUUGUAUGACAUACCCAGUGCGCCUUCUUGUGUUUGUAAUUUUGGCGCGCAUGUUUGCGAGUUAAAAAAGAAUAUAGUGCUAUAUAUAACAGCACAUGUUGGAAAUUUUCUUUCCCCCUUGGGUAAACCAAGGUCCAUUGCUUUGUAUAUACUCAAGUAUCACAUCAUAUACUACAGCACUUUAAAACUGAAGCUUAAAUUAUAAUCACUGUAUAUUAUGCAAAGUAAAAAUAUUAUUAUGAGAUAUGGAACUAGAAAGUCAUCAGAAGAAAUAUAUUCCUGGCUCUGAUGCCGACUCGGAAGAUAUAUUUCAGUAUCCAUUUACUGUGGAAUCGAACACUAUUAAUUUCAUUGAAAAUCAUGGCCGUAUUAUGUUUAUAGUACGUGGCCCACCAGGUACUGGCAAAAAUACAUUAAGCAAAAUGCUUACAGAUCGUUAUGCUUCUGCUGUUAUUUGUUGUGCUGAUGACUAUUUUAAUGAUCAGUUUUCUCGCCCUGUUCGUAACAAGGAAAGUUUAGCAGCCUCGCAUAUGUAUUGCAAGAAAAAAGUGUCAGAUGCUUGUAAAAAGAAUAACCAUCCAAUUGUUGUACGGAACACGCACAUGAGAAAAUUUGAGCUUCAGCCAUAUUUGGAUUUUGCAGCUGAAUUUGAUUAUACUGUUAUUAUGGCAAUUACAACGCAUAAAUUUAAAGUAUCACCUGAGAUCUUGGCCAAAAGUAACACUAAAGGGUUAACAAAAGAUUAUUUUAAGAACCGUCUGAAACAGUGGGAGCAUGUUCCACCUGUUGUAACUGGUUGGUUCCUUUGUUCAGAUGACUCCUGUUUCCUUCUGAAUGAACUACAACUCUCUUUGGAUGCCUUGCUUGGAGAUGGAAAAUUUUGUCGUAUUUUAAAUUCCUAUGAUAAAGAUGAACUUUUGAAGCAUUACAAAGCUAAGAAAUUGCUGUUUUGCUUAGCUGGUUGCAGUGCAAAUAACAAUGCUAAAGACUUAAAAUCUUACUACUUAUCUGAAAAUGUUAAAGAUUGUUAUGGUAGAGUAUACAAGCUGAGCAUCCAAGCAUUUAUGGUGAUGCCAGCUUAUGCUUUGGCCAUAGUUUCAUUGAAUGAAGCAAUGAAAACACUUAUUCACAAGGCUAAAGAUUCAAUAAAAAAGUCUAAGCAGAAUGAUAUUGAUGACUUCAGUUCAGCUCUUAGUUCACUUUCUCUGAAACGAAAGCUAGCUCAGUGUUGCAAAACAAUCAAGUUUGAGGAGAAACUUUCUGUUCCCAGCAAAACUGCCGAAAAACAAAUUGUUGAUGGCAUCACCAUUAAUCCUUGCAGUUUCAUUCUUCUUGCUGAGAGUGGAGAACAGAGUUUUAAUCUUUGGGAAAUACAGAAGAUAUUAGAGUGCAAAUUGAAUAAAUUAGAUACACAUGAUGGAAAAAUUAAUGUUAGCAAUUUUAUAGAACUUGAAAAAGACUUUAAAAUGUGUCGAAUAUCUAGUGAUUCUUGGUUAGUUAAACCUCCCUAUGAUAUAAGUCUUGAAGCUAUUUUUACUGGAAUUUAUGAAUAAAAGUAGCUGUAUGAAAUAUGACAUUUUUAUUCAAGGAUUGUUAUUUUAUAGAACUAUACAUUUUAUUUUUGAAUAUGUAAUUAGCUUGUGUAAAAGAAAUUUUAAAAUAUUUGCUUAUAAUUUUAAUGCAAAAAUUAAGGUUUAUUCAUGUGUAAUUUUUAGAAGCAAUUGCAAAGUUAAUAAAUAAAAAUGAAAUAUAGACUGAAUUAUUAAUAUUUGUCUUAAUUGUUUCAUCAUCUGUUUAGUUCAGCAAGAAUUCUUAAAAUGAGAAGUAAAUUAUUUUCAAAUUGAAUAAAUGUUUUAUUAUAAACUUUUAAGCACAUCUGAAUGCAUUUUAAUGCAAUUAGCUUGACACUUUAUAUAUAUAUAUAUAUUUUUUUGUCUCGCAUGUUUUUAUAAAAUAAAUUAGUUUUAUCUUGCUGUUAUAAGUCUUUAAUUGUGGAACAAAAAUUUCUAUAUACAUUAGAAGUGUAUUAAAAUAUAGUAUGUAAGAUUUAAUUGAUUUAUCCAUAAUCCUUUUUGUUGCCACCAAAAAGUUUUUGCCAUCUAGGUGCUACUGUAUGAGUAUCAUCUUGUAAAUAUUGACUUCAGAAACUAUUUAAUUAAAAAAUAUAUUUCUCAUAACAUCUGAAAUAUUAUUAAAAUAAUUCAAUUAUUGC